AUGAGUUUGUUGUCGAGAAUUUCUUCGAAAAAUCUUUGUCCAAGUUUCAAUGUAUUACGAUCGAAUAUUUUAUCACGUACAUUAGCAGUUCAAACAUCUCAGACACGUAACACUGAUGCAAAACAUACAACGGGUGGUCGUGUUGCUUCAAAUUAUAAAAUUAUUGAUCAUAAUUAUGAUGCUGUAGUAGUUGGUGCUGGUGGUGCUGGUCUUCGUGCUGCUUAUGGUUUAUCAAUAGCUGGUUUUAAAACAGCUGUUAUUAGUAAAUUAUUUCCAACACGUAGUCAUACUGUUGCUGCUCAAGGUGGUAUUAAUGCAGCUUUAGGAAAUAUGGAACGUGAUGAUUGGCGAUGGCAUAUGUAUGAUACAGUUAAAGGUUCGGAUUGGCUUGGUGAUCAAGAUGCUAUACAUUAUAUGGCUGAAGAAGCACCACGUGCUGUUGUUGAACUUGAAAAUAUUGGUAUGCCAUUUAGUCGUACACCUGAUGGAAAAAUUUUACAACGUGCUUUUGGUGGUCAAUCAUAUGAUUAUGGUCGAGGUGGUCAAGCACGUCGUUGUUGUUGUGUUGCUGAUCGUACAGGUCAUGCUAUGUUACAUACACUCUAUGGUCAAUCGCUGAAAUAUAAUACAGAUUAUUUUAUUGAAUAUUUUGCACUUGAUUUAUUUAUGAAUAAAGAUAAUACAGAAUGUAUUGGUGUUAUUGCAAUGAAUCUUGAAGAUGGUAGUCUUCAUCGAUUUCGAGCUAAUAAUACAGUUUUAGCUACUGGUGGUUAUGGUCGUGCAUAUUUUUCAUGUACAUCAGCUCAUACAUGCACAGGUGAUGGAAAUGCAAUGGCUACUCGUGCUGGUCUUAAAAAUCAAGAUUUAGAAUUUGUUCAAUUUCAUCCAACUGGUAUUUAUGGUGCAGGUUGUCUUAUGACAGAAGGUUGUCGUGGUGAAGGUGGUUUUCUUAUUAAUGGUAAAGGUGAACGUUUUAUGGAACGUUAUGCACCAGUUGCUAAAGAUCUUGCUUCACGUGAUGUUGUUUCACGAGCUAUGACUAUUGAAAUUCGUGAAGGACGUGGUGUUGGUAAAGAUAAUGAUCAUAUUUAUCUACAAUUAAGUCAUUUAGAUCCAAAAUUAUUACAUGAACGUUUACCAGGUAUAAGUGAAACAGCAAUGAUUUUUUCAGGUGUUGAUGUAACAAAACAACCAAUACCUGUUUUACCAACUGUUCAUUAUAAUAUGGGUGGUGUACCAACAAAUUAUAAAGGUCAAGUUAUACAAGAAAAAAAUGGAAAAGAUUUUGUUAUAAAAGGUUUAUAUGGAGCUGGUGAAGCAGCAUGUGCUAGUGUUCAUGGUGCUAAUCGUCUUGGAGCAAAUUCUUUAUUAGAUCUUGUCGUUUUUGGACGUGCAUGUGCUAAUACAAUAGCAUCUGAAAAUAAACCAGGAGAAAAAUUUGCUGAACUUCCAACAAAUGCUGGUGAAGCUUCAAUUGCUAAUUUAGAUAAAAUUCGAAAUGCCAAUGGAUCAAUUUCAACAGCAGAUCUUCGAUUAAAAAUGCAAAAGACUAUGCAAAUACAUGCUGCUGUAUUUCGUGAUGGUGAAACAUUAAAAAAAGGUUGUAAAUUAAUGGAUGAUGUAUUCCAAGAACAAAAAAAUCUUAAACUAACAGAUCGUGGUAUUAUUUGGAAUACAGAUUUAAUUGAAACACUUGAAUUACAAAAUUUAUUACUUAAUGCCAUGCAGACAAUAUAUGGUGCUGAAGCACGAAAAGAAAGUCGUGGUGCACAUGCAAGAGAAGAUUUUCCACAACGUGUUGAUGAAUAUGAUUAUACAAAUGCAGAAAAAAAUCCAAUUGCUAAUCAGAAAAAGAAACCAUUUGAUCAACAUUGGCGUAGACAUACUUUAUCAUAUACAGAUCCGGAAACUGGAAAAACAACAUUAUCAUAUCGAGCUGUUAUUGAUACUACCUUAGACCAAAAUCGUUGUGCAUCAGUACCACCAAAACCACGUGUUUAUUAA